GCGGGGCGGGGCGGUGCGCCCGGAGCCCGAAGCCCGGAGCCGGGCCUGCGCUUGGCUCGCUCGCCUCGCGGCGGGCGCCUUCGUCGCCAGCGGCGCACCAUGGACGGGCUGCCCGGUCGGGUGUUGGGGGCCGCCUGCCUCCUGUUUCUGGCGGCCGGCUGGCUGAGGCCUGAGGCCUGGGGCUCCCCCACACCCCCGCCGUCGCCCGCCGCGCCGCCGCCGCCCCCGCCGCCCGGAGCUCCGGGCGGCUCCCAGGACACCUGUACGUCGUGCGGCAGCUUCCGGCGGCCGGAGGAGCUGGGCCGGGUGGACGGCGACUUCCUGGAGGCGGUGAAGCGGCACAUUUUGAACCGCCUGCAGUUGCGGGGUCGGCCCAACAUCACGCACGCUGUGCCCAAGGCCGCCAUGGUCACGGCUCUGCGCAAGCUGCACGCUGGCAAGGUGCGUGAGGACGGCCGCGUGGAGAUCCCGCACCUCGACGGCCAUGCCAGCCCGGGCGCCGACGGCCAAGAGCGCGUCUCAGAAAUCAUCAGCUUUGCGGAGACAGAUGGCCUGGCCUCUUCCCGGGUCCGCCUGUACUUCUUCAUCUCCAAUGAAGGCAACCAGAACCUGUUUGUGGUGCAGGCCAGCCUAUGGCUUUACCUGAAACUCCUGCCCUAUGUCCUGGAGAAGGGCAGCCGACGGAAGGUGCGGGUCAAAGUGUACUUCCAGGAGCAGGGCCACGGUGACAGAUGGAAUGUGGUGGAGAAGAAGGUGGACCUCAAGCGCAGUGGCUGGCAUACCUUCCCACUCACAGAGGCCAUCCAGGCCCUGUUUGAGCGAGGUGAGCGUAGGCUCAACCUAGACGUGCAGUGUGACAGCUGCCAGGAGCUGGCCGUGGUGCCGGUGUUCGUGGACCCAGGCGAGGAGUCACACCGGCCCUUUGUGGUGGUGCAGGCCCGGCUAGGGGACAGCAGGCACCGCAUUCGCAAGCGAGGCCUAGAGUGCGAUGGGCGGACCAACCUUUGUUGCAGGCAACAGUUCUUCAUCGACUUCCGGCUCAUUGGCUGGAACGACUGGAUCAUUGCACCCACUGGCUACUACGGGAACUACUGUGAGGGCAGCUGCCCGGCCUACCUGGCGGGGGUCCCAGGCUCUGCGUCCUCCUUUCACACGGCGGUGGUGAACCAGUACCGUAUGCGGGGCCUGAACCCUGGCCCUGUGAACUCCUGUUGCAUCCCCACCAAGCUGAGCUCCAUGUCCAUGCUCUACUUCGAUGACGAGUACAACAUCGUCAAGCGUGAUGUGCCCAACAUGAUUGUGGAAGAAUGUGGCUGUGCCUGACAGUGGCAGGCAAGGGUGCGGCAGUGGUGGUGCUCAGGGGACAGAGCCCCCUGUGGGGGGAGGAGGUGCACAGUGGGCUGAGCACGCUCAUUCCAUUGGGCUGCAGAGGGAGUCAGGGUGGGGCCCGAAAGCAUUUUCUGCUACACUGUAGAGCAACCAGUCAAAACCAGAGGGUGAGCCCUCAACUGACAUGAGACUUUCAAAUGUACACGUAGACACGCACAGCCAGACGCAUCCUGCCACCCACACGGCAGCCUCCAGGAUACCAGCAAGUGGAUGGAAGACAAAUGGCAGCUUAGCUACCAAUGCUUGUCAGUGGGAGAGAGUGGGGUGAGCAGCCACCAUCCCACCAGCUGGCCCGGCCAUCCUGAAUUGCGCCUUCUGAGCACACGUAAAGCACAAAGACAGAGACACUGAGAGAAGGAGAGAGAGAAAGAAAGGGAGAGAGGAGAAAGAGUGCCACUAAGAAGAAAAGCAGGGUGGGGAUUGUGCAGCCAGGUAGAGGGCUGUGCACUCUGUGUCCCCUGACUGUAUUGGACCUGCUAACUGCCACAGCUCCUGCUGGAAAUGUUUGCUUCCUUCCUACCUAGCGCUCUGCUUUGAGGGGAGCGGUCUUUCUACACCCUUGAAAAAUGGCCCAGGAAGGACACCACCUGUCAGACCAUGACAUGUCAUUGGGUCUCUGACAUGACUCUGUGUGUGAGUGUUUGUGUGUGUGUGUGUGAGAGAGAAAGAAAGAGAGAGAGCGGGAGAGAGAGAGAGAGAAGAGAAAGAGAAAGAGAAAGAAAGAUUGUGGGGUGGGGAGGGAGGGAGAGGAGAUGGAUCUCGAUGCUUUAACUGAUCUCCAACAGCUGACAGAUCAUUUGUGCCAGCUGUAGAACUGAAAAGAGACUGAUCUAUCACUUAUCACUUUUAAGUGAAAACCCCAAUUGUUCUAAACAAGAAGAAAAAAGUUGCAAUCUGUGCCCUUUGCUGGAGACAUUCCUCUAGGGCUGCUUGGGGAGGGGGCAAGUAACCACUGUCAGAGGGCUGAGCCCAGAGGAGGAGAUGGUGGGGUGGGGGCAUUCUGGAAACACAGAUAGGGGGUUUCCCAGCACGUGGUGGGAAAGGGGAGCUGCUUGGCUGGUCUUGGAGAGACUAGGAAGGCUUUCAGUUGCUUUGCAGAAAUUGCCCAUAUGGGUGGGUCCUGGCCAGCUGAGCUGGCUGUGGAUGUGGCCCUUGCCUGCUCACCUGCCUGCCCACCUGCCCCGCAUAGCACUUGCAGACCUGCCUGAACGCACAUGAUAUAGCACUUGCCGAUCUGCGUGUGUCCAGAAGUGGCCGUGGGAAUAGUGCUGAACUGGCUUUCCCCAGACAUGUCCAAGUGCCACAUGAACUAUGCAAUUUAAAGGGUUGACCCACACUAGGCGAAACUGGACUCGUACAACUCUUUUUAUAUUUUUUAUACUUGAAAUGAAAUCCUUUGCUUCUUUUUUAAGCGAAUGAUUGCUUUUAAUGUUUGCACUGAUUUAGUUGCAUGAUUAGUCAGAAACUGCCAUUUGAAAAAAGAAGUUAUUUUUAUAGCAGCAAAAAAAGAAUACAGUUAAAUGUAUUAUACAUAAUUUUGGAACCAAAGAGGCCAACAGAUCAGUUUUAAUUUUUAUUAGAUGGUGAGGCCAUCUUACAUGAGGUAGAUGUUCUGAACAAUCCUUUGAGUGGCCUGCCAAUGUUUCAGGGUAUAAAUGGAUUUUGUUUAUUCAGUUUGAUGUGUCUUUUCUAUCCUCACACACCCAGAAGGUAGAGUAAAAAUGACUGGUAGAAUGCAGGUGUGUAUCCUUAAAUCCUCACCUUUAUGUUUAUUUAAUAAAGCUCCCCUUAGGUUCUGUUUCAUAAUAAUUUAAAACCAAACACUUUCCUCAUAGACUGGCUGUUAAAGUAUUUUGCGUUUGUGUACAGUUUAAGAAAAUAAAAGAUUGAGUGCCACAGGC